UUUUUGAUUAAACUCUUUGGUCUUCUUGUGCCAAAUGAAGUUUUCCCCACUAUAACUUUUUUUGAAACAUUUUUUAAACAAACCCCAUAAUCUUCUUCCAGAUUAAGUUUGUAUCGAGGAGACAGGUCAAAUUUGAGGUUCUUGUAGGAAAGUUUUAGUUCUCAUUUCUCUCUCUCAAAUCCAGAUAUGAUCUGUAUCCAGGAGUGAUUCUUGUAUAAAUCCUCUUUUUGGAUCUUGUGAUGCGCUCUAAUUGCUUCGGAAUUCUUGAUAUGUGCAAAAGAAAUGAUCGUCUUGGUCAGAAAGAAGCUGAAGAGAUUUGCACCAACAAUGUGAGAGUCUUUUCAUAUAACUCAUUAAGAUCAGCCACAGAUGAUUUCCAUCCAUCUACCAGGAUCGGAGGUGGUGGCUUUGGUGUUGUCCACAAGGGAACAUUGAGAGAUGGGACACAAGUAGCUGUGAAAUCACUUUCAACAGAAUCUAAACAAGGCACACGCGAGUUCUUGACCGAGAUCAACUUAAUAUCCAACAUUCAUCAUCCUAACCUUGUUAACCUCAUUGGCUGCUGCAUCGAAGGGAACAAUCGGAUUCUCGUCUAUGAAUACCUUGAGAACAACAGUCUUGCUAGUGUUUUGCUUGGUUCGAGGAGUAAGUAUGUUCCCCUUGAUUGGUCCAAAAGAGCUGCCAUUUGCGUUGGGACAGCUUCAGGUUUAGCUUUCCUUCACGAAGAAGUCGAACCACAGGUCGUUCACCGCGACAUCAAGGCUAGUAACAUCUUACUAGACAGAAACUUUUGUCCCAAGAUUGGAGAUUUUGGUCUGGCAAAGCUUUUUCCAGACAAUGUCACUCACAUCAGUACAAGAGUAGCUGGAACUGUGGGAUACUUGGCCCCAGAAUACGCACUUCUAGGUCAGUUAACAAAAAAAGCAGACGUUUACAGCUUUGGGAUACUUGUGCUUGAAGUCAUAAGUGGUGGUAGUAGCAGCAGAGCUGCCUUUACAGACGAGUUACUGGUUCUUGUUGAAUGGGUAUGGAAGCUAAGAGAAGAAGGGAGGCUACUAGAGUGUGUGGAUCCAUAUCUAACCAACUAUCCCCAAGACGAAGUGAUACGGUUCAUCAAAGUAGCUCUGUUCUGCACUCAAGCCGCAGCACAGAAGAGACCAAACAUGAAGCAAGUGGUGGAGAUGCUUAGCAGGAAAGAGAUUCACAUCAACGAGGCCGCCUUAACGGAGCCUGGUGUCUACAGAGGUGUAAACAGAGGAGGCAACCACCGCGGCCUCGGUCUAAGAGGCAGCAGCUCACAGGAGAGCUCAUCAACACAAGGUUACAAAGGGAAAUGCUCAGCUGUUCCUCAAGGGUCUUCCUCGGCCUCUGUUAUUUCUUUUCAGAGCGUUACAGAAAUGGCUCCUAGAUGACGAGUCUUUGUUUUGAUAGAGCAGAUAUGUAUUCUUGGGGAUAUUAAUUAGUUUUGGUGUAUUGAUAUCUAUAUAGUACAUAUAGUCAUAUAGAUUUAGUGGAUCAAUUGCCAAGAGAGAAAUAUUAUUAGUUCAAUAAGACGUAUUCUGUUGUGGGAUUCAUAGCAUUUUUGUCUUUGUAAAGUUCUGUUUCUAAUGGAUAGUUAUUGUAACCAAAU